AUGGCAGAUGCACCCUCCGACCCUGAGACUGUCCUGGUGCUGGGGAAGAUGGCCUUCCAGCUGGGGCCACAGAUGGCUCACGGUGCCUACUGGGAGGUGUAUGAGGCUGCAGCCCCUCCCCCGCUGUGGCACAAGGUGGCUAUCGAGGUCACCUCCAAAAGGAAGGCGCUGGAGGAAGAUGUCAGGAACCUCCUGCCCCGUCAGAUGCAGGUCUUGAAGGGCUUGUGCCACGAGCACCUCAUCACACCGUACCAAGGCACGAAGAUGAGGGCAGGCUUCUACCUCCUCAUGGACCUGGCCCCCUCGGGCAGUGUCCUGGAGCGGGUGUAGAGCCAGGGGCCCUGCUCCCAGAGCCAGGCAGGGCUCUGGUUCUCCCAGCUGCUCCUCACUCUGGUCUACCUGCACAGCAGGGCCAUCAUCUACCGGGACUUGAAGCUGGAAAACUUUCUUCUGGACAGCAAGAACAAUGUGAAGGUCUCUUAUCUCGAGCUUCUCCAGGAGGGGCUGCCCAUCAAGGCGGUGCUGAGCCAGACCUUCUGCAGGUUCUGUGCUUACGCCUGUCCCAAGACCCUGCAGGUGCUGCCCUAUGACCCCUUCCUGACUGACACCUGGAGCGCCAGGGUCAUCCUCUAUGCCCUGCUCCUGGGCUGCAUGCCCUUCAAUGCCACCACUGUGCGGCACCUCCUGUGCCAGAUCCAGCAGCACCCCGUCCUCCCCUGA